GCAGAGUUAGAGAAGGAGUGACAGAGAGAUCUAUCACUCCCCAAAUGGCCCAAACUGCCAGGAGCUUCGUCCAGGUCCCCCACGUGGGUGCAGGGGCCUAAGCACUUGGGGUCUUCUCCACUGCUUUCCCGGGCACGUUAGCAGAGAGGUGGAUCAGAAAUGGAGCAGGGGCCAGCACAGUGGUAUAGCAGGUAAAGCUGCCGCCUGCAGUGCUGGCAUCCCAUAUGGGCGCCGGUUCAAGUCCCAGCUGCUCUACUUCCAACCCAUCUCUGCUGUGGCCUGGGAAAGCAGUAGAAGAUGGCCCAAGUCCUUGGCCCCUGUACCCGUGUGGGAGACCCGGAAGAAACUCCUGGCUCCUGGCUUCAGAUUGGUGUAGCUCUGGCCGUUGUGGUCAGUUGGGGAGUGAAUCAGAGGAUGGAAGACCUCUCUCUCUGUCUCUCUCUCUCUCUCUGCAUCUCCUCUCUGUGUGUAACUCUUUUAAAGGAAGGAAGGGAGGGAGAAGAAAGGAGCAGCCAGGACUUGAACUGCUGCCAUGUGGGAUGCCCACACUGCAGGCAGCAGCUUUAACCCCCUGCCACAGCGCCGGCCUGACAGCGUCCUUUUUUUUUUUUCUGACAGGCAGAGUGCACAGUGAGAGACAGAAAAGUCUUCCUUUUCCAUUGGUUCACCCCCUAAUGGCCGCUGUGGCUGGCGCACCGCGCUGAUCCGAAGCCAGGAGCCAGGUGCUUCUCCUGGUCUCCCAUGGGGUGCAGGGCCCAAGCACUUGGGCCAUCCUCCACUGCACUCCCUGGCCACAGCAGAGAGCUGGCCUGAAAGAGGGGCAACCAGGACAGAAUCCAGCGUCCCAACCGGGACUAGAACCCGGGGUGCCGGCACCGCAAGGCGGAGGAUUAGCCUAGUGAGCCGCGGCGCCGGCCAGACAGCGUCCUUCUAAGAAAGCAUAGUGGCGCCAGCAAGUGCAGUCAUGCAGUUUGAGGCCUGCACCUCUGAGCACCCCUGGGGUGGUGGGCAUCUUGCCACGGCUGCACCGAGCUUGCUGAGCAGCCCUGGGAUGGGAAGCCUUCUGCGGGCGCCACGCUCGUGUGCUUAGGGAGGAAGACACGGUUACUUGGUGCUGCAGUUCUGUGGAUUCUUGUUUUGGUGUUGAGUCAGCUAAGAACUCUUCUGAACUCUGUGUGCCACAGUCCUGUGGCUGAAAAAAGAAACCGCAUCUCAGUGCUGGCCACGAGGAACGUAGUCAUAGCGUGAUGGCGCAAACAAGAGGGGAGCGGUGCGCUUCAUCCUCCAGUGACACAAGCCUGCGAGUGGCUGGGGCAGCCGAGAGAAGGAAGAGAUAGGGCCAGAGAGUGCCCGUGUCUCCUUGUUCUGAGUUGUUGCCUGUGACCUCGGGAGUGGGGCUAGAACGCGCCUGGGCCCGGGAUACCAGGCCUGGCUCCAGGAAGAGAGCUCAGUUCACCAUUGAUUUGUUUUGCUGGUCUCAGGUGCAGUUGAAGGACUUGAUCCUCCUCUGUUUUCAUUCAGAAAUUGAAGAAAAGAUGCCAGUACCCUUCAGUUUUGUUUUUUCUGUAUACACAGAAAUAAAACAAAGAAGGGAAAAAAAUCAAAUAACUUGCCCCUCUUCAGUGACAGCGCUGAGCUUGGAAAGCUGCCCGGGUGUUGUGUAAGGCAGGCAAGGAGCUCAGGUUUCGCGUCUCCCUCGCUGGGGGUGGGGCAGCGAGUGGCACACUGUGCAGCACUUACAUAAGCGUGACUUCACAGGACGUGCCGCUGUGAAUGAGCUGCCCCGUCCCAGGACGGGAGCUGAGAGCGCAGCCUUCGGCUUUUCCUCUCAGCUUGAGUGCGAGGUCGCUGCAGAAGUCUCUCUCUCUCACUGGACUUCACACUGCUCUCACGUGACUCCCCUUCCCUUCUGUGAUUAAGUUCACGGACAUAGGAAGUUGUUUUAGGACAGAAGGGAGCUCGGGCGGCUCCAGAUUCACUCCAGAGGCCGACUUUGCAAUAGAAACACCCACAGUUGUAUCGAUGGUUGGGGAAAGAUAGUGACCAGAGGCAGAGAGAAAGAGCGCUGACGUCCUGGGAAGAUGAGCAUGCUGAAGCCCAGCGGGCUAAAGGCCCCCAGCAGGAUCCUCAAGCCAGGGAGCUCCGCCUUGAAGACACCUGCUGCUGUUGCAGCUCCAGUAGAAAAAACAGUAUCCACCGAAAAAGCAUCAAGCGUCCCAUCCUCUGAGGCUCAGGAGGAAUUUGUCGAUGACUUCCGUGUUGGGGAGCGCGUCUGGGUGAACGGCAACAAGCCUGGGUUUAUCCAGUUUCUUGGAGAGACCCAGUUUGCACCAGGCCAGUGGGCUGGGAUUGUCUUAGAUGAACCCAUAGGCAAGAACGAUGGCUCGGUGGCUGGAGUUCGUUAUUUCCAGUGUGAACCUCUGAAGGGCAUUUUUACCCGACCGUCAAAGUUAACACGGAAGGUCCAGGCGGAAGACGAAGCCAAUGGCGUGCAGACGACUCAAGCUCCCAGAGCCACGUCGCCGUCUGCCGGCAGCGUGGUGUCCUCCCCAGCCACCCCGGCAAACAUUUCCCAUAAGUCUCCCCAGCCAACAGCAAAGGACCCUUCAGCGACAUCCCAGAUCAGCAACCUUACGAAAACCACCAGUGAAUCCAUCUCCAACCUUUCAGAAGCUGGCUCAAUCAAGAAAGGAGAACGAGAGCUCAGAAUCGGAGACCGGGUGUUGGUUGGAGGCACCAAGGCUGGUGUAGUGCGCUUUCUUGGGGAGACCGACUUUGCCAAGGGGGAGUGGUGUGGCGUGGAGCUGGACGAGCCGCUCGGGAAGAAUGAUGGUGCCGUCGCCGGGACGAGGUACUUUCAGUGUCAGCCCAAAUACGGCUUGUUUGCGCCCGUCCACAAAGUGACCAAGAUCGGCUUCCCUUCCACCACGCCAGCCAAGGCCAAGGCCGCCGCGGUGAGGCGAGUGAUGGCGACCACGCCCGCCAGCCUGAAGCGCAGCCCCUCGGCCUCCUCCCUCAGCUCCAUGAGCUCGGUGGCCUCGUCCGUGAGCAGCAAGCCCAGCCGGACAGGAUUACUGACCGAGACCUCCUCCCGGUACGCCAGGAAGAUCUCCGGCACCACUGCCCUCCAGGAGGCCCUGAAGGAGAAGCAGCAGCACAUUGAGCAGCUGCUGGCCGAACGGGACCUGGAGAGGGCGGAGGUGGCCAAGGCCACGAGCCACGUGGGGGAGAUAGAGCAGGAGCUAGCCCUGGCCCGGGAUGGCCACGACCAGCAUGUCCUGGAAUUGGAGGCCAAGAUGGACCAGCUGCGAACGAUGGUGGAGGCGGCUGACAGGGAGAAGGUGGAGCUUCUGAACCAGCUAGAAGAGGAGAAGAGGAAGGUUGAGGACCUGCAGUUCCGGGUUGAAGAAGAAUCGAUUACCAAAGGCGAUCUCGAGCAAAAGAGCCAGAUUUCUGAAGAUCCUGAGAAUACGCAGACCAAACUGGAGCAUGCCCGCAUUAAGGAGCUUGAACAGAGCCUGCUCUUUGAAAAGACCAAAGCUGACAAACUCCAGAGGGAGUUAGAAGACACUAGGGUGGCCACGGUGUCAGAAAAGUCCCGGAUAAUGGAGCUAGAGAAGGACCUAGCGUUGAGGGCACAGGAAGUGGCAGAGCUGCGGAGGAGGCUGGAGUGCAGUAAGCCCUCUGCGGAUGUGGACGUGUCGCUUUCCCUUUUGCAAGAGAUAAGCUCUUUGCAAGAGAAGCUGGCAGCCGCGCAGGCCGAGCACCAGAGAGAAGUGGCUUCCCUGAAGGAGCACUUCGGAACCCAGGAAGAAGCGUUGCAGAGGGACAUCAGGGGCCUGCAGGCCGCCACGGAGAAGCUUUCCAAGGAGAACGAGUCCUUGAAAAGCAAGCUUGACCACGCCAACAAGGAGAACGCGGACGUGAUCGCGCUGUGGAAGUCCAAGCUGGAGACGGCCAUCGCGUCCCACCAGCAGGCCAUGGCGGAGCUGAAGGUGUCCUUCACCAAAGGGCUGGGGACCGAGUCGGCCGAGUUUGCGGAGCUGAAGGCGCAGAUAGAGAAAGUGAGGCUGGAUUACCAGCACGAGAUAGAACGCCUGCAGAGCCAGCAGGACUCUGAGCGCUCUGCCCACGCCAAGGAGGUCGACGCCCUGAGGGCCAAACUGCUGAAGGUCAUCAAGGAGAAGGAGGACAGUCUGGAGGCCCUCAAGUCGAAGCUGGACAGAGCGGAGGACCAGCAUCUGGUGGAGAUGGAGGACACGCUGAACAGACUGCAGGAGGCUGAGACAAAGGUAAAGGAGCUAGAGGCGCUGCGAGCCAGAUGCAGCGAGCAGACCGAGGUUAUCGAUAACUUUGCAUCGCAGCUCAAGGCGACCGAAGAGAAGCUCUUGGAUCUUGAUGCCCUUCGGAAGGCCAGUUCCGAAGGUAAAUCGGAAAUCCAGCAGCUCAGACAGCAGCUCGAGGCAGCUGAGAAACAGAUUAAAAAUUUAGAGAUUGAAAAGGAUGCUGAGAGCGGCAAGGCUAGUGGCAUUGCCAGAGAGCUCCAGGAGAAGGAGCUAAAGCUUACUACACUCGAGGAAAACUUGAGUGGAGUCAGUCGAGUGAAAGAGGCUCUGGAGACGGAACUGCGGGUCUUGAAAGAAAAGUUUGCUGAUGCUUCCGAGGAGGCGGUCUCUGUUCAGAGAAGUAUGCAAGAAACUGUCAAUAAGUUACACCAAAAGGAGGAACAAUUUAACCUGCUGUCUUCUGAACUGGAGAGGCUGAGAGAGAAUUUAACAGAUAUGGAGGCAAAAUUCAGAGAGAGAGAUGAAAGAGAGGAGCAGUUGGUCAAGGCAAAAGAAAAAUUGGAAAACGACAUUGCAGAGAUAAUGAAGAUGUCAGGAGAUAAUUCUUCCCAGCUGAGCAGAAUGAAUGAUGAGCUGCGACUUAAAGAGAGAUGUGUAGAGGAAUUACAGCUGAAGCUAACGAAGGCCAAUGAGAAUGCAAGUUUCCUGCAGAAGAGCAUUGGAGAAGCAGCCCUCAAAGCCGAGCAGAGCCAGCGCGAAGCAGCUGUGAAACACGAGGGGGAAAAGAAGGAGCUGGAGAAGCAACUGCUGGACCUGGAAAAGCAGGUGGAGACCAGCCACAGCCAGUGUCAGGACCUGAAGGCCCAGUACGAAAAAGCCAGUUCCGAGAUGAACGCGAAGCACGAGGAGGCCCUGCAGAACCUGCAGAAGGCGCUGCUGGGCACAGAGGAGGAGCUGAGGGCUGCCCAGGCGCAGAGCAGAGAGCUGCUGCAGGAGGUGGAGGAGCUGCGAGCGCAAGCCGACAAGGCCAGAUCGCUAACCUAUUUGUUAACAUCAGCCAAAAAAGAAAUUGAAGUAAUGUCAGAGGAGCUGAGGGGCCUGAAGUCAGAGAAGCAGCUUCUUGCUCAGGAGGGAAAUGCUUUAAAGCUAGAGAAAGGUUCGCUCUUAUCAGAGCUUGUAGAAGUGGAGGCCAGAGUCACCUUGCUCCAGGAAGACCAGCAGAAGCUCUGGUCAGUCAACGAAGCCCUCGCUUCGGAGAAGGAGAAAGUCUUAGAGGAGAAGCAGUUUUACCAGCAGGAGUAUCUCGACAAAGAAGCCUUGGCUGUGGAGAGAGAGAAACUGCUUCAGGAAAUCCACGUUGCCCAGGAAGAAGUCUUGAAGAUGAGUGUGGAAAACGACUCUCUGCAGGCUUCCAGGGUGAGCCUGCAGGUGCUCGUCCGGGAGCUCCAGGUCAGCAAGGAUGCCCUGGUGGCCGAGGCUAAGAGGGAUCGGGAGGAGAAAGACCACCUGGAGGGCCGGAUCAGGAAGCUGCUUACCGAAAACCUUGCCUUGGCUAAAGACAAGGAUGACGUGAUUCGGAAGCUGCAGAGCUCCUAUGAGGAGCUGGCCACAGACCAGAAGGCCCUGGUGCAGGAGAUCGAAGACCUCACGAGUGAGAAGAGGUCGGUUUUAGAGAAGCAGUCGCGCCUGGAUAGCGCGUGCGUAGCCUUGAAGGUGGAACGGGACGGGCUCCUGCAGAGCCAGCGGGACCUGCAGCUGGAGAAGGACGCGCUGCUCCAAGGCCAGGAGAAGCUGAAUGCCAGCCUGGAGGCCGCCCUGCAGGUCAAGGAGCUGCUCAGCUCGGAGGCCGCCGGGCUGCGGGCUCAGCUGGACUGCGCCAGCAAAGCCCUGAGGAAGGCCGAGCUGGAGACGCGGCAGCUUCAGGCCACGAACACGAGCCUCACGGCGCUCCUGCAGGAGACCAAGACCAGCCGGGCGAUCACAGACUCCGAGCGCCUCCAGCUCCUCCACGAGAAGGAGGCCUUGGCCGCCUCCGAGCGGAGGCUCUUGGCUGAGAAGGAGGAGCUUGCGAGUGAAAGCAGGGCCAUCACCGAGAGGCUCAGCAGGCGCUCGGAGGAGGCCGCGCACGCCGAGGUGGGCCUGAGCGAGAAGAUCGCCUGCCUGGCUUCCGAGAAGGAGGCCGUGUGCCAGAGGCUGAGCAAGCUCAGAAGGCAGCAGGAAGGCCUCUUGCAAGACAAGUCGGUGUUGGAGAAGCGAAAUGCAGACCUACUCGCAGAGAGAGAGGGCUCCAUCAAAGCCCUAGGAGACCUCAAAAGGAAGUACGACCAGGAGUCGGCCAACCGAAGACUCGCCGUGCACGAGAAGAUGAAGCUGCUGGGCAGCGUCGACGCCCUCAAGAAGGAGCUUCUCGAGACGAAAAGGGAAAGCCAGGAGCUGGCGGCGAGCAAGCGCGACCUCUCUCUCAUGCUGAAGGAGGCCCAGGACGCCCGGAAGCGUCUGGAGCAGGAGCGCGCGGACAUGCUGCACGCCCGGGAGAGUCUGAACGCUGAGCUGCAGGCCUGCUGCUGCGAGAAGAACAUGCUGCUGAGAGACGGCCUGAACCUGCAGGAGGAGUGUCAGAAGCUGAGCGAGGAGACCCACGCCGCGCAGCAGGCGCUGGCCCUGGAGAAGGAGGCCAGAGCGAAGGAAAGCGAGUCAUCCCUGUACGAGAACAAGAAGCUGCACGGGCGGCUGGUGCUCCUGGAGCAGGAGGUGGCGGAGCUGAGAGUGCGCGCCGAGGAGCUGCAGGCCGAGAAGUUUGCGCUGAUCCAGGAGAAGGCCACGUCCGAGCAGAGGGUGGUGGAGAUAAUCAAGGAGAAGGAGCUGCUGAGUGCGGAAACGGCGCAGCUGGCCGCCAACAUAGAGACCCUCAAGAGCGACUUCGCCACCUUGUCCAAGUCCAAGUUGGAGCUCCAGGAGCUGCACAGCUACCUCACCAAGAUCCUGGACGACCUCCGGCUGAACCACGAGGUGACCCUGGCUGAGAGGGCCAAGGUGAUGCAAGACAACCAGAGCCUGCUGGCCGAGCAGCGGGAGACGGCGCAGCGGCGGGACGAGCUGCUGCAGGAGAAGGAGAAGCUGGAGGAGAGCUACUUCGUCCUGCAGCGGGAGCUCGGCCAGCUGGCCACCGCCAACAGCCGCAUCUCGGCCGGCCUGCUCGAGUCGCAGGCGGAAAACCGCACUCUGAGGAAAGACAAGAGCAAGCUCGCCCUUAGGAUUAGAGAGCUCGAGGCCCUUCAUUCGUUCACGGCUACGCAGACAGCAGACGACACCAUGCAGACAGCGGAACAGAUGACCAAAGAGAAGAUGGAGACUCUGGCCUCCCUGGAGGACACCAAGCAAACAAAUGCACAACUACAGAAUGAAUUGGACACACUUAAAGAAAACAACCUGAAGAAUGUGGAAGAGCUCAACAAGUCAAAAGAACUUCUGACUGUAGAGAACCAAAAACUGGAAGAAUUUAGGAAAGAAAUGCAGCUGGUGAGGGAGGAUGUGAGCGGCAGAAGAUCCCCUACCCAACCUCCCACUGCCAUAGCCCCACCUCUGAGCUCUCUGGGCCACACUAGCGAAACCCUGAAGCAGGCGGCCGCUCAGAAGUCCCAGCAGCUCUCGGCGCUGCAAGAAGAGAACGUCAGACUUGCCGAGGAGCUGGGGCGGAGCAGGGACGAGGUCACCAGUCACCAGAAGCUGGAAGAAGAAAGAUCUGUGCUCAAUAAUCAGUUGUUAGAAAUGAAAAAGAGAGAAUCCAAGUACAUCCAAGAUGCAGAUGAAGAGAAAGCCUCCUUGCAGAAAUCCAUCCGUACCACCAGUGCCCUGCUCACCGAGAAGGACGCCGAGCUGGAGAAGCUGAGGAACGAGGUCACGGUGCUCCGGGGGGAGAGCGCCUCGGCCAAGUCCUUGCACUCCGUGGUGCAGUCUCUGGAGUCUGACAAGGUGAAGCUCGAGCUCAAGGUGAAGAACCUGGAGCUGCAGCUCAGAGAGAACAAGAGGCAGCUCAGCAGCUCCUCCGGUAACACGGACACUCAGGCAGAAGAGGACGAAAGAGCCCAGGAGAGCCAGAUUGAUUUCCUAAAUUCAGUGAUAGUAGACCUGCAAAGGAAGAACCAAGACCUCAAGAUGAAGGUGGAGAUGAUGUCGGAAGCAGCCCUUAACGGGAACGGCGAGGACCUGAACAGCUAUGACAGUGAUGACCAGGAGAGACAGUCCAAGAAGAAACCCCGCCUCUUCUGUGACAUCUGUGACUGCUUCGACCUCCACGACACGGAGGAUUGUCCCACCCAGGCACAGAUGGCGGAAGACCCUCCGCACUCCACGCACCACGGCAGCCGGAGCGAGGAGCGCCCGUACUGCGAGAUCUGUGAGAUGUUUGGGCACUGGGCAACCAACUGCAACGACGACGAGACCUUCUGACGGCGUCUGGGGCCGAACGGCCGCUCGGACUCCGCGGCGAGGCAGCCCACACCAGCACCGGCGCAGACUGCGCGAGAGCUCACGAUAUUUUCGACCCCCACCAACAAACCUAAGAAAGUAUUUUGAUCUUGAACAAAUCGCCCUUUAGUCCCCCCUCGUAAGUUAGACUGAUAAACACUCGGUAGGUGAGUCUUCACCCCGACUUUGUUUUCUUGCUUUUUCGGUUGAAGACGCUGCACCAGAUGCCGUUGCAUUUGCUGUCCCCAGAGAAGCCUCCCAGAACCAUCCUCCCCCUCACGACGCCCUAUUUAAGUAACUUAAAUUAUGCCGUUACUUUUCGUAUUUGCACUAAAAUAUUUGCAGGCUGCAUUUUUUGUAUAUUUAGAUUUUUUUUUUUUUUUUGGUGAAGCUUUGACACUGGAAUGAGUUGAAAAAUGUACCAUUUUGCAUUUUCAUUGACUCAUUUAAAGUAUUUUAUUGCUAAUCAAAGAAAUACCUGAGCUCUUUGCACUACCUGUUAUCAGUAGUGCCUUUUUAUCAGGCUUGAUGACAAGCAGGUGUGAUUACAAAAUCAUGGAACAGGUGAAGGGAGGGAGAGGCCCCCGCCUGCUGUGGGCCAUUUUAUACUCUAUAUGCUGCACCCACUUCUCUACUGUGCUGUCCUGUUUAUUGGUUUUGCAUAAGUUCAGCUUCCAUAUAUUAUAUGUACAUAUUUUUUUAAAAAAUCUAUAUUUUGGGAAAAAACAUACACAAUGUGUCUUUCUUUUCAGAUUUUUACCUUUAAGAAAAAGAAAAUACUUAAAAUGAGCAUUGCGACAUAAUAGACUAGGACAAAAAUAGCAUCAGGUGGCUCCGCAACUGUUUUUCCCUUUUUAUUUUGUUUACCAUCCCCAACUAGAAGAAUUUUCUCCAUUUUCUUUCUUUAGCAGAUAUCUCCAGCAGUCAGUUAAGCCACUAGACAGCACCAAAAUUAAACAAUCUACAGUCUUCCUUUACAAGGUUUUUUACUGUGUUUUUAGAUGAAUGUAUGAUGAGAAAUUCAACAAUAAUUUUGGAUUUUCUUAUCACAAAAAAAAUGAAGGACCUCAACCAUCAGAACAGUUCAUCAACCAAUCUGAAUCCAUUUCUCUUCAUUUGAAUGUCUUCUAAAAUAUGUACAAAGUCAUCAAAUGUGUAUUCCACGCUACAUGUAUAAUAAAUAAGAACUUCUAUAACUGUAUAUAUGCCUUUGUUGUAUUUUCCCCUCAAGAUGAUCAACUGUGUGCUGGACAAGUGAAUAUUAAAUACAUCUAUUGCCAGUGAAAUUUUUAGUUACGAAGAUAAUAGGAACUGUUUCACAAACAAAACAUGUAAAGCAGUAUUAAAACUUGAGCAAAAAAAGUGUUCUGUAUCUACUUUAAUAAAUGGGUAUUCUUUUUGUCA